CGCGACGGCUGCCUCCACCACGCCGAUGGCGACCGCUCACUCACCCAGCUGAACAACUCCGCCGAGCACGCGCAAGCAGCAGGAGCGAUAGAGAUAGAGGAAGGCGACGAGGAGCUCGGUCCGAGCUACUAGCUGCGGCUGCGGCGACCAUGGAGUUGGACCGGCUGCUGCUCGACCAGCUGGCUGGCGAGGCCCUGCGGGAGCUGCUGCACGCCGUCCAGGGCACCCUGUUCUGCCGCUCCACUGCCGAGCGCCUGCGCCGGAGCGUCGAGCCGCUGUUGCCGCUCGUGCAGGGCCUCGGCCCGCACGCCCAGCGCUCCGCGGGGGACCUCGGCGAGCUCGCGGCGCGGGUCAGGGAGGCGCUCGACCUGGCCCGCCGCGCCGCCACGUCCCCGCGCUGGAACGUCUACCGCUCCGCGCAGCUGUCGCGCCGGAUGGAGGCGGCCGACCGCGGCAUCGCGCGCUGGCUGGAGCGCCACGCCCCCGCGCACGUCAUCGGCAACGUGCGCGGUCUCCGCGACGAGUCCCACGCGCGCAUCGCCCGCCUCGAGCGCCGCGUUGACGAGAUCGCCGCCAGCGCCGCGCAGCCGCCGCCCCCAGCCCUCUCCGUCCCCGUCGCGCCGCACAAGGGCGUGACCAUGCCGAUGGAGGUGCCAACUCACAAGGGCAUGGCUAUGCCGAUGCCGAUGCCGGUUCCUGUGCAGGCGGUGCCCGCCAAAGCCGGGGUGGUGGCCAUGGACAUGGACCUCACCGAGGGACACGAAAACGAGGGGAUGGUUGGCGCCGGCGUUAAGGUGGCCAAGGAAAAGGUGAAGGAGAUGGUUAUGAGCGGCGGCGGCGGCGGCUGGGAGGUGGUCGGUAUCUCCGGCAUGGGCGGCAGCGGCAAGACCACGCUCGCCAUGGAGAUCUUCAGGGAUCAUAAGGUCCGAGCCUACUUCAAUGAUAGGAUCUUCUUUGAGACGAUCUCACAAUCCGCAAACUUGGAGGCCAUCAAGAUGAAGCUGUGGGAGCAGAUCAGCGGCAACAUGGUGCUCGGUGCAUACAACCAGAUCCCAGAAUGGCAGCUCAAGUUAGGACCAAGAGACCGAGGGCCUGUCCUUGUGAUCCUUGACGACGUUUGGUCUCUCCCACAGCUCGAGGAGCUCACCUUCAGGUUCCCUGGGUGCAAGACUCUAGUUGUAUCGAGGUUCAAGUUCCCCACACUGGUAAAACAGACAUACGAAAUGCAGUUGCUAGACGAGGCGGCGGCCUUGUCCGUCUUCUGCCGUGCCGCUUUCGAUCAGGAGUGUGUUCCGCGGACUGCUGACAAGAGAUUGGUCAGGCAGGUCUCUGCAGAGUGCAGGGGCCUUCCACUGGCUCUGAAGGUUAUUGGUGCGUCAUUGCGCGACCAGCCUCCUAAGAUCUGGCUCAGCGCCAAGAACCGGCUGUCUCGAGGAGAGGCUAUUUCCGACUCCCAUGAGACCAAGCUUCUAGAGAGGAUGGCGGCAAGUGUCGAGUGCUUGUCGGAGAAGGUCAGAGACUGCUUCCUUGAUCUGGGAUGCUUCCCGGAGGACAAGAAGAUCCCCCUUGAUGUCUUGAUCAACAUCUGGAUGGAGGUUCAUGAUCUUGAUGAACCAGAUGCUUUCGCCAUCUUGGUUGAGCUUUCGAACAAGAACCUUCUUACCCUCGUUAACGAUGCACAGAACAAGGCUGGAGAUUUGUACAGCAGCUACCAUGACUACUCGGUGACACAGCAUGAUGUGCUGAGAGAUCUUGCUCUUCACAUGAGUGGGCGUGACCCUCUGAACAAGCGUAGGCGGUUGGUGAUGCCGAGAAGAGAAGAGACACUUCCAAAGGACUGGCAGAGGAAUAAGGAUACCCCGUUUGAAGCUCAGAUAGUUUCCAUUCAUACAGGUGAAAUGAAGGGAUCUGACUGGUUCCAGAUGAACUUCCCCAAGGCAGAAGUGCUCAUCCUCAACUUCGCCUCAAGCCUGUACUACCUCCCGCCGUUCAUCGCGUCGAUGCAGAACCUGAAAGCCCUGGUGCUGAUCAACUACGGCACCAGCAGCGCGGCCCUUGACAACCUAUCCGCCUUCACCACGCUGAACGGCCUGAGGAGUCUCUGGCUGGAGAAGAUCAGGCUCCCGCCGCUGCCGAAGACCACCAUCCCGCUGAAGAACCUGCACAAGAUCUCGCUCGUCCUCUGCGAGCUGAACAGCAGCCUGAGAGGGUCGACGAUGGACCUGUCCAUGACAUUCCCGCGCCUCUCCAACCUCACGAUCGACCACUGCAUAGACCUAAAGGAGCUGCCAGCAAGCAUCUGCGAGAUCGGCUCCCUGGAGACCGUCUCCAUCUCCAACUGCCACGACCUCACCGAGCUGCCAUACGAGCUGGGCAAGCUGCACUGCCUCAGCAUCCUCCGGGUGUACGCCUGCCCGGCGCUGUGGCGGCUCCCGGCGUCGGUGUGCAGCCUGAAGAGGCUCAAGUACCUCGACAUAUCCCAGUGCAUCAACCUGACGGACCUCCCGGAGGAGCUCGGACACCUGACGAGCCUCGAGAAGAUCGACAUGCGGGAGUGCUCGCGCCUGAGGAGCCUCCCGAGGUCGUCGUCCUCCCUCAAGUCCCUCGGCCACGUCGUGUGCGACGAGGAGACGGCGCUGCUGUGGCGGGAGGCCGAGCAGGUCAUCCCUGACCUCCGGGUGCAGGUGGCCGAAGAGUGCUACAACCUGGACUGGCUAGCGGACUGAUGUCAGAUUCUGGAUGCUACCGCUUCCAAACUGACCAUGUACAUAUAUGAUGAUAACGAUGAUGUUUAGAUGUUGCUUCCCCUGUGUAGUGCAGGGAAGAGAAUCAUCAAUCCACUGGCCGAUUUUGAC